AUGCGUUCUUUCGCUCUCCUCGCCCUGGUCGGCCCUCUCGCCGUGAGUGCUGCUUCUGGAAGUGGUCACUCUACUCGAUACUGGGACUGCUGCAAGCCUUCUUGCUCUUGGAGUGGCAAGGCCAAAGUCAGCGCCCCUGCUCUGACUUGUGACAAGAAAGACAACCCCAUCACUAACCUGAACGCCGUCAACGGCUGUGAGGGUGGUGGUUCUGCCUUUGCUUGUACCAACUACUCCCCCUGGGCUGUCAACGACGACCUUGCUUACGGUUUCACUGCUACCAAGCUUGCAGGUGGCACUGAGGCCAGCUGGUGCUGUGCUUGCUAUGCUCUCACUUUCACGACCGGUCCUGUAAAGGGCAAGAAGAUGAUUGUCCAGUCCACCAACACUGGCGGUGAUCUCGGUGAUAACCACUUCGACCUUAUGAUGCCCGGCGGCGGUGUCGGCAUAUUCGAUGGAUGCACCUCUCAGUUCGGCAAGGCCCUCGGUGGUGCUCAGUACGGCGGCAUCUCUUCCCGAAGCCAAUGUGACAGUUUCCCCGAGCUGCUCAAGGAUGGUUGCCACUGGCGAUUUGACUGGUUCAAGAACGCCGAUAACCCCGACUUCACUUUCGAGCAGGUCCAGUGCCCCAAGGAGCUCCUCGCCAUCAGUGGCUGCAAGCGUGACGACGACUCUAGCUUCCCUGCCUUCAACGGCAACACCACUCCCAGCAAGGCUAAGCCCAGUGGCGAGAAGACUGCUGCCGCUGCCCAGCCUCAGAAGACUGAGCAAGCUGCUCCUGUUGUUCAGAAGCCCUCUACCAAGCCUGCUGCCGAGCCCGUUGCUACUAAGCCUGCUUCCGUGAAGCCUGCUCCUGUCAAGCCCACCAAGGUUGUCAACAAGCCCAAGGUCACUUCAAAGGUUGGUGGAACCAAGACUCGAGGAAAAUGUCCCGCCACUAAGCCUACCAAGCCUGCCGCCCCUCAGAAGUCUGCUGUCGCUAUUUACCACCAAUGCGGUGGUUCCAAGUCUGCCUACCCCGAUGGUAGCCUCAGUUGUGCUUCCGGAAGCAAGUGUGUCAAGAUGAACGAUUACUACUCUCAGUGUGUCCCCAACUAA